AUGGGUUUUAUGACCCUGCUGUUGUUCAUUUUUAACAAAAAGAUUCUCAAGGCGAGAGGGGAGGGUGACGAUACGGGAAGCAAUUUCUGCGAGGAAACUACGGUCCUGGAGGUAGUCAUUCGCAACAUCAAGAUGGGCACUGGCCAAUUUAUCCUAGCGCCGCAGUAUGAGACUCGCAGUUUGACGUUCUCGUAUACGUUAGAGAUAUCAUUCAUGCGUACGACACCUCGAUUAAUGUUCAGUGAUGUCAACCCCCCCGGCUGUUAUGAAGAUAGACGAACGUUGAUGAAGACUCGUAGGGAGGGGAACGUGCAGAGUCAAUCCCAGAGAGCUAGAGAGAUAGAAUUAUCGUUUUCCGGUCAAUUUUCGUAUACCCAUCCGCUAUUACUACGACCGAUCAACGGGUCCCUCGGUAUUAUUAUUUUCCCUUAUUUGACCAUCAACAGCGUUGUUAGGAAGGUCGAACAUUCUUUCGCCGUCCUUCAACAAAUCAAUCACGAUGAAAAAGCCAAUCCCGGUCUAUCAUCCUUCCUAGCUAACAAGUUCCUCAUCGUCGUUUCCGUACACAUUGAUAAUUGUGUUUCUUGUGCUCUCAGCGAGCGGGGUGUAGAAUUCCUCGCUGUGGUGUUGCUCGUUCACAGGCUCGCACAUGCCACCGCCACUAGGUACCAUUUGGGCCUCUUGGAAUUGACUCAGUGUAAUGUGGACCAAGAAGCUGACUCGGGAUACUACCUCGAGAAGGCGGUCUUUGGCGGUAUCAUCGGUGUAGCCUUUCGGAGCAGUACCGCCCCGGCUGAAGACCCGCUACUCCCGGAUAUUGCGUAUUUUAUGACCCGCUCUCCUGCAGGGAAAGUUUACAAGAUCGGUGGGUCCAUUCAUGAUUUAUAACUGUCUUCGUGUAGUUAAUGCCACCUUUUGCGCAGAAAUAGAGCAUGCCGCGGCUUGGAUUUCUACCUGUAAUAAAGGGAUCGUCCCUUUUGUUCUCGAUGAGCUUGAAGAACUUAGUACGGACGCUGAAAUUUUCUUGAGAAAUACUUGCGCAUUCGUCAAUGCUGCAUAUGCACCUGUGAAUGCUCGGCCUCGUCGACGUCACCAUGCACCGUACAGGAUCGGUAACAGGGUAGUACUUCCCUAGGCUGUAUUCACCAAUUAGUUGCCCUAUAUUUCACUUCUUCUUCUUUACAUCCUGAGUAUGGUUCUCGGCUCCGAGUGAGCAACUGUAUCUUCGCUAAUGUAGCGCUUGAAAGUUGG